AUGAUAUUGUUAACAGUGCUGCUAGUGGUGGGAUUAACGAAAGGAGACGUAUACCUGCAUGGUCCCAGAGGCAGCAACAACAGACUAAAUGAGCGGGGCAGGGAACGGGCUAAUGCUAACAGACUGUUUGACUCUCAGAACAAUAACAGAGGAGGCUACAAUCAAGGUUCGCUGGUCUACUACGAGGGUUCUAUAGUUAAUAUAGAGUGGACUAACCAGCACUCAUGCGGAGAUCCUAACAAUCACUGCGAACUAAUUAUACAGUACAUGUGCGGUAAUCUGACUCGGGACGGGACCACAACCAGGACUAUCCCCGACAGACGGGACCAGUGCGAGAACUGGAACUGUGACACCGACCUAGAGUUUGGGAUGCACGAGAACUACGCGUACUACAGGAACUGUAAGAACAGAGAACGGAACGAGGGACUCUUCACGGCCGACCAGAACUUGAGAAAGGACGAUGCCAGGUCGACAAGACAGAACCCAGAUGGUACGAGGAGAGGGUACGAAUGCCCUGAAGAGCGGGAUUACUACCCUUACUGGGGACCUACUCCCUGGAUGGACGUAGCGAUCCUGUCUAACAACGCCACAAUGGAGCGCUGUGAGUUCUACAGGAACAACUCGGAGAACGUGCUGGGAAGGUUCUACUGCAAAUAUCCUGACGAUUACUUCAUAUACAAGGAGGCUACUAACCGGGGUAUUGAGGAUAUUCCCAUCACUAAAGCCGAGUGUGAGGACACAAACCUAGGAGCUGACGCGGCAGGAACAGCCUUUGCUAAGCCAGUGUGGGUGCAGGCUGACCCUUUCGGUAUCCCUCCUCCUGAAUGUGUGGAGACGGACUGGUCACGUGACAACCACAACGGAAAUGGUUUGGAGGGGUUCCCUAAUCAAUACAAUUGGACGGUUCCUGCACAUACUCUUAGUGAUAACUGUGUGUUGAGACUCAGGUACAACAUAACAACAGGGGAGUUCGCAGAAGGAGGGUUCGACCCAGAAAUUGACGCCAGUUUAAACGCUGACAACAAUAACGCAGCAUCAGAACUAGAUGUUGGUACUCAGUUCGGACUAACUACCGCCCAGGCUGAGGACAGAGGAUACGUGUUUGAGAACAACCCUGAUGUGCAGGUGUUUGCAGAUGUAGAUGUGGAGGUGCAGUUAGCAAUUAACACGGCCCAAUACGGCAGAACGUUCCAGGAUAGGACCCAUGUGUUCGCUAUCAGACCCAAACCUGAAGGGACAGUGGAGGGACAGAGCAUCUUCAAUAUGAACGUACGCGGGAAGAGAGGGAAUAUAGUACAGGUUUACCCGGCUGUGGAGUACGACUUCGCUCCGAACCGAGUACAGAUGAAGACUGGGGACUACGUACAUAUCCAAUGGACAGGGUCGGACAAUAAUCCGGGUAACAAUGACGGACAGGGCAGACAAGGCACUGACCGGAGCAACAUGAUCCUAAUCAGGAACAUUACUUACGACAAAGCCGGAGCUCUACCUGAACAAACAUCAGCAAAUGAACAGCAAGGACAUUGGUCGAGCAACUAUCCAAUAGAGAUUACAAAUGAUACUACCUUCCUGGGCCUUGCCAAGGAGGACAUCAUUGCAGCUGCUCUUAUAGAACAAACUCAGUUCGGAGGUGACAUGGAGGAGCUGGAUGAUGCUGGUACUUACUACAACAUGGGACUGAGACGGAUCACUAGUCCGGGGGUCUACAACUACAUGUGUACCAGAAACAACAACUUCAGUAACAGAUCUCAGAAAGGCCGGAUAGUGAUAACAUCAGCGCCGUUCGUACAAAAGAAGAUUGGAGCUUCCGGGGGAGAGAUGGAGUUACCGAACGGGGACGCUUCCCUCACGAUAGACCCUGAAGCUCUGGACUCAGCAGUGCUGUUCUAUAUCGAGGAGAACAAGGGAACACUUGAGAAGAGUACAGAGGAAGAAAACAACACCAGGAAGAAGAGACAGGCCAGUGGAGAAGCUGCCCCGGAGAAGAUAGAAGACGAUCUGUCUACAGAAGAUGACGCCGACACGGGCUCCAGUGCAUCUCAGAUCAUCAGCGUCUAUCCUCUGGAGUUAAGAGUGGAGAAGAGCAAGGCUCAUCUUAGGAUCAAAUAUGAAGCUGACACAGCAGACACUACAUUUGUUGCCAUGGUUACGGACCAAGGAACCUACGCCUCACUUCCUGACUCCCGGAUUGAAUCUAUGGAUAGUGGAAAUGCCAAAUUCAAAAUAUCAGGAGGUGGAAAAUAUCAGGUCCUCAAAUACCCCUACGUACCAGUUAUCAUUGCUUUCUGCAUUCUGGCAAUCGUCUUGUCAGCUCUUAUCAUAGGUUUGGUGAUAUUCUUCUGGAAGAACCCUCAAGCUAGAUACAGGGUUAAGAGGCUGCUCGGUCAAGACGUGUAAUCCUCAACUCACAUUUACAACCCUACUUCUAAGCCAUUUUUUGAUAAUAGCCGUUAAACACAGUGAAGUGAUUAUAAAUAUCACUUUUAGAAUAGAUUUGAUAUUGGCUGCGUUUGUUACGUGGAAUAAACACGAUUUUAGAGAUCUACAAUCAGGGAACGGCUACCGUGAUAUGAAAGACAUUGUACACGAUACUGUUAAAGUUGGCACUUACUUAACAUUCAAAUCCGUCAUCAUCAUAUUUUCAAUUGUCAUAUUUAUUUUUCUGUUUGCUAG